GGAAAUAAAAAACGUCCUAAUAAUAUUAUUAAGAUUUAUUGAAUACGCAAAGGUGCAUGAGUAUCAAAAAACGAUUUUUGAGUAUCCUGUAUCCGUUUGUGUUAGUUGAGGUAUUUUAACAAAAGAACGUGGCCCAUAUAUUUAUUUACAAUACUUUUAAACCUAAACGUUAUUUGGGUUGCUAAUCUACCCGGGCGCAACUCUCUUCAGCAGCCUGCUGGAAUCAUUGAAUUAUUUUAGACAAAUUAAAGGCUCUCCGUUUUGAUAGUAGUGUUUCAGAAUGUUUCUGACUAUGUGAAAUUCGGUAAAUCAGUUAGUCAAUGCUCAAUGACUUAAUGGUCCUUGCAUGGAGGAAAUCAUUCGCAUGCCAAUGUGGGAUUAGGCAAUGUUAAAUGCAUAUCGCUGGGUUUUGCCAAUUAGUAUUGUGUUGCACCUAAUCCAGUUGGUAACAACCCAGAUUCUCCAAUACUAUCCAAAUGUUCGCGUUCCCAGUGAAGUACUCUUUUCCAACGUGUAUAAAAUCAACGAUGAUUCCGAUAGUUUUUACCUAAGGUCGCCGGGAUAUCCUAACAAAUAUCCAGACAACUCCAACAUUGCUUAUUGGAUACAGGGUAACGGACGCCCCAUCGAAAUAACAACAUUGUCCAUGAGUCUGCAGCAACCCGAGAUGAAUGGAACUUGCUUAAAGGAUUACGUUGCUGUAUGGGAUCUAAAAUAUGAAUAUUAUCAAUUAAAAGUAGCCUGUGGCAGAGCGGAUUUGGAUCUUGUGUCCUACAGCGAUUCAUUAAUAAUUCUUUUCGUGUCGGAUGACCGCUAUGCAUUCAACGGUUUCAUUCUGAAAAUAGAGAGAAGCAGGCAAUACUGUGGAGCAGACGAACUGCGUUGCGAGCCAAAAAGAGACGCUCAGUUGCCGAAGGGAAAUUUUAAGCUAAUUUACAAUUACAAAUGUCUCCGACCAGAACGUAUUUGUGACGGACAGAAGGACUGCCCAAACGGCGAAGACGAGAUUUGCACUACGCAGUGUGGCAAGAAGUACUCUGCACCGGAUGUGCAAACACAAUCGCAAACGCGUAUCGUCGGGGGCAUCGAAGCUUUUCCCAAUGCUUGGCCGUGGCAGGUUAACAUGAAAAUGGAAUCCGGGAAGGACAUAUACACCUGCGGCGGAUCCGUGAUAGCUGCUGGAUGGAUUCUGACUGCCGGGCAUUGCUGUCAACUGAAUGGCGUCGAUUUUGCACCCAGUCAGUUACAAAUGAAAGUUGGCUUUCACCGCUGCCACGAUCCGGCUGACGGAUUGACGAUUCAUGCGGAGAGACUGUUUGUCCCCGCAGAUUAUAGUGCCCGCGGUUGGGGUGUCAAUUACGACUUUUGCAUUAUUAAGUUGGUGAAAAUGAUUUCAUUCACCAACAAAAUUCAGCCUGUAUGCCUGCCUCGGCCCUACUCGGGGCCGCUGAGGAACCAAAACUGCACCGCCACGGGUUGUGGCAAUAUGGUACAAUGGAGUGGAUCAGGGACUCAGCCAGCUGCUCGAGUGCCCGUCAGCCUUAUGGCAGUCAACCUGGCAAUAAUGAACAAUUCACAGUGCGCCAGAUAUUUCCCGAGAAUUGCACCGGAAAUGGUGUGUGGCGCUUCUAAAUUAGCCAGGGACACAUGUCGUGGCGAUAGCGGAGGUCCAUUCUGCUGCAAAGUGCCUGAUUCCGCGGAUCCACCUCAAUACCAGCUGUCGGGAAUAACGUCCUUUGGACAUGGUUGUGCAUCAGGUCGACCUGGUGUCUUUUCUAAUCCUGUCCGCGCGCUACCCUUUCUGAUCAGAGUACUAUACGAGCACAACUUUUGGGGAUGGCAUGCUGACACCGUUGUCCCGCUGCUCAAUCAUAGGCGUUAUCCGCGGCCGCCGUAUACACCAAAAGUUGUGGCUAAUUUGUCAGAAAGGCUCCAAACCAUUGACUGGCUUGUGGAAGACGGGGAUGCUACAUUUGACCGCAGCGGUAGUGGAAAGUUUACCACAGAGGUCAAGUUAUUAAAAAUGGUGUCAGCCAUCUAUUUUUCUCUUACCUGUUAUUAUUUAAUUUUUCUACCACUCGUUGCUCCCUUGAACGGCGGUUACUUUACUGGCAAUGUUUAAAGAGGAUGUACAGCUGUUUUAAGAGGGACUGCUGUGCUUGUAUCUGUGGCAACAACAGUAAACACUCACAUAAUA